AAUUCUGCAAGUGGUUCUGAUUUACUAUCGCUGUUCUCUAGCCGGUCUAAAACCGCUUUUGACCUAAAGGGACACUUUUUGGACGCCAUGGACUUUUCUCAGUUUCCAGGCAGAAAGAACAGUAAAAAUGCAGGCAGGGCGCAGGACAAAGCACUCGGGACAAAAUGUAUGUGAAAUGGUUUGAUACAUGAAUGUCACUUUUUGUCAUUUUCAAAUUUCCCGCCGUUCCGUCCCUCAUAUGUCCCGACGUCGCAGGGAACGGAACCCAGAUGACAGAUGCCGGCAUCGGCCGGAGGACAUUGCCGGGGACACUGCAGGAGGGACAU